GCCACACAGAUGUGCGGCAUGGAUGGCAUUUGCUACUGUGGCGGGCAUGAAGUGGGUGAUUUGGUGCCAGACUGUGAGGAUUGCAUUGCUUACUACAAAUGUGGCUUGAAUAGCAUCGAGCGUGAACUUUGCCCCCUCGGACUCAUCUUCGAUGCCCAAGUGAUGGCCUGUGUGCCCGGCAAGUGUCCACGAAUUGAUGGCGACUGUCCACAUCCAAUGACACCAACGACACCAACACCAACUCCAACACCGGAUGGCUGCCAAAAUGCUGCAAUCAAGUGCGGUUUCCCUGGCCAAAUAAUAGGACAUGCCGAGCAUUGCCGGUUCUUCUGGAUAUGUGUGGAAAACUGUCCGAUCUUGGGUUUCUGUGAGAUUGGCAUGUGGUUUGAUCGCCACAAUUUCGUUUGUGAUUUCCCAGAAAAUGUGCACAAUUGUCCAGCGGGCAAAGAUUAAAAUGCAUUCAAAUAAAAUGUGUGUUGCCAGCGGCA